AUGGAGAUAUUUCUUGGUCAGCCUACUCUACUAGAGCUGUCUCCCCCGGUCAAGAUUGUCGGUGAUACACAUGGUCAGUACACAGAUCUAAUUCGAUUAUUUGAGAUGGGCGGGUUCCCGCCAAGUUCAAAUUACCUCUUCCUUGGUGACUAUGUUGAUCGUGGCAAGCAAAGCCUAGAGACAUUUUUGUUGUUACUGUGUUAUAAGAUCAAGUACCCAGAAAACUUCUUCCUUUUGAGAGGAAAUCACGAGUGUGCCAAUGUAACAAAAGUCUAUGGAUUUUAUGAUGAGUGCAAGCGAAGAUUGAGCUCAAGGAUGUGGCGUGUAUUUGUGGAUGUAUUCAAUACAUUGCCAAUUGCUGCUCUGGUGGCAGGCAAGAUAUUUUGCGUUCAUGGUGGACUUUCUCCAUCUCUAAAGGAUAUGGACGAGAUUCGGAAUAUCCCGAGACCUACCGAAGUGCCUGGAUACGGCCUUCUUAACGAUCUUCUCUGGUCAGACCCUUCAGAAGCAACGGCUGAAUGGGAAGAUAAUGAGCGCGGGGUAUCCUAUUGCUUUGGUACAAAGGUCAUUGAUGAUUUUCUCAACAAAUUUGAUCUUGACCUUGUUUGUCGUGCACAUAUGGUUGUCGAGGAUGGUUAUGAGUUUUUCAAUGAUCGAACCCUUGUAACAGUGUUUUCUGCACCAAAUUACUGUGGUGAAUUUGACAACUUUGGGGCAAUUAUGAGCGUAAAUGAAGAGCUCUUGUGUAGUUUUGAGCUUCUCACACCAGCAGAUCACCCGCUUGCAAAGGAGCGACUAAAAGCCCAGGAGCAGGCAAGGUAA